GAACCAUAAUUUUGCCAAACUUGUUUAUCCCAUGCCCCUAUUAAACAAUAUAAAAUACAAGAGUAGAGUAGUGUAGUGUAGGGAGUUGUGAUGAUAAUAAUAUUGCAUUGAAGUUGAAAGAGAUCAGCCCAUCUCAGUCUAAACUAAAUGCGUGUCCGUUGGAACUCUAACUGGUGUAGUAGGUUAAGAGAAUUACUAUUCCAUGGCAAAUCUCAAGACGUUCUUCUCUACUACCGUGAAUUGAACAAGACCAGGGUUGAGUUGAUGGACCAUUCCGUUUUCCCUAUCCUUUUCAAAGCAUGUUUAAAUCUCUCCGCUACACACGGCCACGGCAACUCUAUCCACGCCUCUCUGGUUAAGCAGGGAUUCUUAGCUUUCACUUCCGUCGGUAAUUCUAUGAUGGACUUCUAUGCUAAAUCUGGAGACUUGGGUUCUGCGCUUGUGGUUUUUAACUGCAUGGACAACAAAGAUUCAGUUUCCUGGAAUGUAAUCAUUCAUGGCCAUUUAUUAUUAUUAGCUUCUCCCCGAGGACUAUGCUUAUUCACUCAGGCUUGGGCUGCAGGUUUUGAACCCAACAUCUCCACCUUUGUACUUGUCAUUCAGGCUUGUCGCAAUCUUGCAGCUUUUGAGGCUGGCCGGACGAUCCAUGCUUCUACCAUUCGUGCUGGGUAUUCAAGUAUUACUUCCAUCCACAAUUCGCUCCUCAGUUUCUAUGCUCAAUUUGAAAUGCACCUUGCGCACAACCUUUUUGAUGAAAUGACUGAAAGAGACGUUAUUUCUUGGAGUGUCAUGAUUGCUACCUAUGCCCAAAGUGAGGACGAAUCAGUGCUUGCCCUGGAGUUUUUUCAACGGAUGAUUGAUUUUGGGGAACCACCAGACGGACAAUCUGUGGUAAGUGUACUCAAAGCCUGCACCAAAUUGAAGGCCAUUAGACUGGGAGAGUCAAUUCACGGAUUUGUUAUCUCUAGAGGUAUGGGUUAUGACUUGUUCGUACACAACUCUCUGAUUGACUUGUAUUCUAAAUGCAAUGACAUUGAUUCUUCAUUGAGAGUUUUCGGGGGAAUUCCUGAGAAGAAUGUCGUGUCCUGGAACUCUUUGUUGUCUGGACUUGUGCAGAAUCAGAUGCAUCCUGAGGCCCUUACUUUAUUUGAUUCAAUGCACAAGGCUGGAAUUGAAUCUGAUGAGGUGACUCUGGUCAAUCUGCUGCAGUUAUGUAAGUUCUUCCUUGACCCUUACCAGUGCAAGUUGAUACAUUCCAGAAUACUUCGACAAGGUUUUGAGUUGAAUGAGUUGGUUACAAACUCUUUGAUCGAUGCAUAUGCAAGUUGCAAUCUCAUAACUUAUGCAUGGAGUCAAUUCAAUAAUAUGAUAACACGAGAUGCAGUAACUUGGAGCACCAUGAUUGCUGGCUUCACCCACUGUGGCAUGCCUGACGAAGCAAUUGCUGUUUUCCGAGAGAUGAGCCACACUUCUGAACGGCCCAAUGCUGUUACCAUGUUAAAUCUUCUUGAAGCUUGCUCUCUUUCUGCAGAUGUGAAAAGAUCAAGAUGGGCUCAUGGCAUUGCUAUUCGAGGAGGGUUGGAAUCUAAUGUAGUAGUGGGAACUGCCAUCUUAGAUAUGUACUCAAAAUGUGGUUCCAUUGGAUCUUCAAGGAAAGUGUUUGACCGCAUUCCAUACAAGAAUGUUGUGACCUGGAGUGCCAUUAUUGCAGCAUAUGGUAUGAUUGGCCUCCCAAAUGAAGCUCUAGCCCUAUUUCAUGAGAUGAAAGUUUGUGGUCUGAGGCCAAACCAAGUUACUGCACUGUCUCUUUUAUCGGCUUGUAGUCAUGGGGGAUUGGUAGAAGAAGGGGUCUCUCUUUUUGAGGAGUUAAUUUGGGAUCAUGAGGUUGAACUUGUCAUAGAACAUUACUCUUGCCUUGUAGAUUUGUUAGCUCGGGCUGGAAAGGUUGAUAGUGCAAUGAAUUUGAUAGGAAAGCUAGGUGUUGGAGUAAAGCCUGGUGCAAGUGCAUGGGGGGCACUGUUGAGUGCUUGUAGGAACUAUGAAAACUAUGAGUUUGGUGCCAUUGCCCUCCCUCAAGUAGUUGAACUUGAGGCGUCAAGCUCAGCUGGCUAUCUGCUUGCAUCAAACAUGUAUGCAUCAGGUUGUUCAUGGGUUGAUGCCACUAAAAUGAGAAUGUUGGCCAAGGAAGGAGGGGUCAAAGUUAUAGCUGGGUAUAGCUUAGUGUAUGUAAAUGGUAAGGCAUGCAGGUUUCUUGCGGGAGAAAACCACCAUCGUUUGUCUGAUGAAUUGCAGUUUGCUAUUCAGCAACUGCACUCGAGCAUGAAAAUGGACAUAAACUUUUGUGGAGUAGCCUCAUGCAAUCUAGUGAUAGGCACUUCCCUUUUUUAUUCACUAUCUGCUAAUUAAUUUUUAUCAAAAUUCAACUACAGAAUUUCCUUUUUCGUUAAAUAAGAAAGAUACACAAAUCUAUUAAAUCA